GUAAUUAGUCAGCCGGUGAUUGCCUCAUCAGGUGUGAAGUGUGUGCUAUAGUGUCGUGGUAGGCCUGGCUGCCUCGAGAGGGAGGGGAAGGGCUGUAACCACUCCUUUGAGGGGGAAUCACCGAGGUCACUGUCGUGGGUUUGCACAGUCGGCUGGGCGGCGCCAUGGCGGAAAGAAAAGGAACAGCCAAAGUGGACUUUUUGAAGAAGAUUGAGAAAGAAAUCCAACAAAAAUGGGAUACCGAGAAAGUGUUUGAGGUCAAUGCAUCUAAUUUAGAGAAGCAGACUAGCAAGGACAAGUACUUUGUAACCUUCCCAUAUCCAUAUAUGAAUGGGCGCCUUCAUUUGGGACACACAUUUUCUUUAUCUAAAUGUGAGUUUGCAGUAGGGUACCAGAGAUUGAAAGGAAAAACUUGUCUGUUUCCCUUUGGUUUACACUGUACUGGAAUGCCUAUUAAGGCAUGUGCUGAUAAAUUGAAAAGAGAAAUAGAGCUUUAUGGUUGCCCCCCUGAUUUUCCAGAUGAAGAAGAAGAAGAGGAAGAAAUCAAUGUUAAAACAGAAGAUACAGUAAUUAAGGAUAAAGCUAAAGGAAAAAAGAGUAAAGCUGCUGCUAAAGCUGGAUCAUCUAAAUACCAGUGGGACAUAAUGAAAUCCCUUGGUCUGUCUGAUGAAGAGAUAAUCAACUUUUCUGAAGCAGAACAUUGGCUUGACUAUUUCCCACCACUGGCUGUUCAGGAUCUGAAGAGAAUGGGUUUGAAGGUAGACUGGCGUCGUUCCUUCAUUACCACUGAUGUUAAUCCUUACUAUGAUUCGUUUGUCAGGUGGCAGUUUUUAACAUUAAGAGAAAGAAGCAAAAUUAAAUUUGGGAAGCGGUAUACCAUUUAUUCUCCAAAAGAUGGACAGCCUUGUAUGGAUCAUGACAGACAAACUGGAGAGGGUGUUGGACCUCAGGAAUAUACUCUAAUCAAGUUGAAAGUGCUUGAGCCAUACCCAUCCAAACUAAGUGGCUUGAAAGGGAAAAAUAUCUUCUUGGUAGCUGCUACUCUCAGACCUGAGACCAUGUUUGGACAGACAAACUGUUGGGUUCGCCCUGAUAUGAAGUACAUUGGCUUUGAGACAGUGAAUGGUGAUAUAUUCAUCUGCACCCAAAAAGCUGCAAGGAAUAUGUCAUACCAGGGCUUUACCAAGGACAAUGGAGUGGUGCCUGUUGUUAAGGAGUUAAUGGGAGAGGAAAUUCUUGGUGCAUCACUUUCUGCACCUUUAACAUCUUACAAGGUGAUCUAUGUUCUUCCGAUGCUCACCAUCAAGGAGGACAAAGGCACUGGUGUGGUCACAAGUGUUCCUUCUGACUCUCCGGAUGAUUUUGCUGCCCUCAGAGACUUGAAGAAAAAGCAAGCUUUGCGAGCGAAGUACGGAAUUAGAGAUGACAUGGUCUUGCCAUUUGAGCCUGUGCCAGUCAUUGAAAUCCCAGGUUUUGGAACACUUUCUGCUGUAACCAUCUGUGACGAGUUGAAAGUUCAGAGCCAGAAUGACCGAGAAAAACUUGCAGAAGCAAAGGAGAAAUUAUAUCUAAGAGGGUUUUAUGAUGGUGUAAUGUUGGUGGAUGGAUUUAAAGGACAGAAGGUCCAAGAUGUAAAGAAGACUAUUAAGAACAAGAUGAUUGACGCUGGAGAUGCAUAUAUUUAUAUGGAACCAGAGAAACAAGUUAUAUCCAGGUCUUCAGAUGAGUGCGUCGUGGCCCUGUGUGACCAGUGGUACUUGGAUUAUGGAGAAGAGAACUGGAAAAAACAGACAUCCCAGUGCUUGAAGAACCUGGAAACGUUCUGUGAGGAGACCAGGAGGAAUUUUGAAGCUACCUUAGAUUGGCUGCAAGAGCAUGCUUGCUCCAGAACUUACGGUUUAGGUACUCGUCUACCAUGGGAUGAGCAGUGGCUGAUUGAAUCGCUCUCCGAUUCCACUAUUUACAUGGCAUUUUACACAGUUGCACACCUGUUGCAGGGAGGUAACUUGCGUGGACAGGCAGAGUCUCCGCUGGGCAUCAGUCCUCAGCAGAUGACCAGGGAAGUUUGGGACUAUGUUUUCUUCACGGAGGCUCCAUUUCCUAAGACUCAGAUCCCAAAGGAAAAGCUAGAUCAGCUGAGGCAGGAAUUUGAAUUCUGGUAUCCUGUGGAUCUUCGAGUCUCUGGCAAGGAUCUUAUUCCAAAUCAUCUUUCAUAUUUCCUUUAUAAUCAUGUGGCUAUGUGGCCAGAAGAAAGUGACAAAUGGCCUAUAUCUGUGAGGGCAAAUGGACAUCUCCUCCUCAACUCUGAGAAGAUGUCAAAAUCCACAGGCAACUUCCUCACUUUGAGCCAAGCUCUUGACAAAUAUUCAGCCGAUGGAAUGCGCUUGGCCCUGGCUGAUGCUGGUGACACUGUUGAAGAUGCUAACUUUGUGGAAACCAUGGCAGAUGCAGGUAUUCUCCGUCUGUACACCUGGGUGGAAUGGGUGAAAGAAAUGGUUGCCAACUGGGACAGCCUGAGAAGUGGUCCUGCCAACACCUUCAAUGAUCGAGUUUUUGCCAGUGAAAUGAAUGCAGGAAUUAUAAAAACAGAUCAAAACUAUGAAAAGAUGAUGUUUAAAGAAGCUUUGAAAACAGGGUUUUUUGAAUUUCAGGCUGCAAAAGAUAAGUACCGUGAAUUGGCCAUAGAAGGGAUGCACCGAGACCUCGUGUUCCGGUUUAUUGAAGUUCAGACGCUUCUCUUGGCUCCGUUCUGUCCACAUUUGUGUGAGCACAUCUGGACACUCCUGGGAAAGCCCGAUUCAAUUAUGAAUGCUUCAUGGCCUCUGGCAGGUCCUGUGGAUGAAAGCUUGAUCCGUUCCUCACAGUAUCUCAUGGAAGUAGCACACGACCUUAGACUCCGACUCAAGAACUAUAUGAUGCCAGCUAAAGGAAAGAAGACUGACAAGCAGCCACCUCAGAAGCCUUCACAUUGCACCAUCUACGUGGCAAAGAACUAUCCAUCUUGGCAACACAUCACCCUGUCAGUUCUACGUAAUCACUUUGAGGCCAACAGUGGAAAAUUGCCUGAUAACAAAGUCAUUGCUAGUGAGCUAGGCAAUUUGCCAGAGUUGAAGAAAUAUAUGAAGAAGGUAAUGCCGUUUGUUGCCAUGAUUAAGGAAAAUCUGGAGAAGACGGGACCUCGUGUUCUGGAUUUGCAAUUAGAAUUUGAUGAGCAGGCAGUGCUCGUGGAGAAUAUAGUCUAUCUGACCAAUUCCCUUGAGCUAGAACAUAUAGAAGUCAAGUUUGCCUCUGAAGCAGAAGAUAAAGUCAGGGAAGACUGCUGUCCUGGAAAACCACUUAAUGUUUUUAGAACAGAACCUGGUGUAUCAGUUUCCCUAGUGAAUCCUCAGCCAUUCAGUGGUCACUUCUCAACCAAAAUUGAAAUCAGGCAAGGAGAUAACCGUGAUUCUAUAAUCAGACGUUUAAUGAAAGUGGACCGAGGAAUCAAAGACCUUUCCAAAGUGAAACUGAUGAGAUUUGAUGAUCCACUGUUGGGACCUCGGCGAGUUCCUGUCCUGGGAAAAGAGCACACUGAGAAGACCCCCAUUUCUGAGCAUGCUGUUUUCCACGUGGACCUCAUGAGCAAAAAAAUUCAUCUUUCUGAAAAUGGGCUACGGGCAGAUAUCGGUGAUACAAUGGUCUAUCUGGUUCAUUAAACUCAUACACGCUGGAGCUUUAUCCUGGUUUCUGGGGAUAUUACUACUCCGGCAUUACUGUGUGCCUAUAGAUGGGCUAUGAGAACCUUAGGGUGGACCUAAAUAGAUUUCAUUUCCAACCAUCAAAUUCUGCAUGUAAUCAAUUAUACCAAGUUAUCUUGGGUUCCUGGACCUAAUAAAAUUUUUUCUUCCCUUCUUGAGGCCUCAGAAAGGAAUAGUUUGUACCAUACUUUGCUUUUUUUUUUUUUAAAACAAAUUAUUGCCAUUUUCCAGAAGCUUAUAGUAUUUUAGAUGAACACAAAAGUGUCAAUAUGCUUUUUGUAUGAGGUAUACUUCAUACUGUUUAUGAAGGCUAAGGAGUAUCUAACACCUUUUUAUAUUAUAUCCAUUAUGUAGUUAGCUGUUUUUCUUCUUUAAAAAGAAAAGAGUAAAUUAGACAGCUAGUUUUGAUUUUUAAAGAAGAGAACUCUUACGAUUUUAGAAGAACAAAUGAGAAUAUUUUGACUUGACUGUAUGAUCACUAAGUAUUUUGUAUAAAGGACAAAAGUUCUUAUAUUUAUAAGAAUUUUUUAGGCUUUAAUGUAUUUAACAACCAAUAGUAUUUUUUAAAGGGAUAAUCAGUAGUUAUUUAUAGCUUAUUCAAUCUACACUAAAUUUAGUUGUUCUAAAAGAGAGGAUUUUUUCCCCCCAGAAAUCUGCAUUUAUCACAUUUGUCUUGAGUCCAGUUGUGUUUAAAGAUCACACAAACAGUAUUUCAUACUUAUUCUUUUAUUCUUUCUAGAAUGUCUUUUGGUAUUAUCUGUACUAUUUGUUUUCAUAUGAGGAAAAGAUACUAGGUAUUGAUUGACAAGACAAAAAACAUUUCCAUUUCUUUUAGGGUUUAAUAUGAGGACAGACCAAUUCUGAUAGUCCUAAGGAACCUGAAUUCUAAAUUUCAGUUCAUGUAAAAAGAUUUUACUGAGCUUGUUUUUUUUUUUGCUUUAUACAAUUUGCGACUGCUGGGCCUAGUUGAACUCUUUAUCAUAGAUUCAUUAAAGCAAAUCAUAGAACGUUAGUACUGAAAGAUCCCUUAGAGAUCAUCAAGUACAAAUCACUCUUUAUCUGCUAGGAGCAGGCAUUGUAUCAGAGUGGGUAAGAUUCCAGGCUCUGAAGUCAGACUAGCUUAGUUAGAUUUCCAUUUCUUCUAUUUGCUACUUGGGUGGUUUUGGCCCGUUACUCAGCCUGCUUCUUUAUCUAUAAGAUGGAACUAAUAAUGUACCUAUUUCCCUAGGCUUAUUUUGACAUGUUGAGAUGAAACAAUCUAGGAAAAUCUUACUUACAGUAUAGUGCCUGGCAAGUGGGAAACCCUCACUAAAUGUUCCUGAUGGUGAUGAUAAUAACGAUGAACCUUCAGUAAAUGUUGCUGAAGACUCCUCCCCUCGCUAAUACACCAGGGUAGGUUGGCUUAAGAUUGCUCUAGGCCAGAAUCAUGUCAUAUUUGUUUGGUUCCUUUGGGGCAACAGUUUCAUUGUUUGCCCUCCUUUAGAUUCCUUUUCUGCUCCCUCAAUCUGCAUAGCCUUAGUUAUUCUCUAAAUCAAAGGAAUCCUUCCUGUUACCUGAACAAAGCCUACUAUGUUUAACUUAGGCAAAUUAAAUGAAAUGUGUUUGGCAAAAAAGAAGAAAAAAGGAGACAGGAAAAUAAUUUUAAUAUUGUGAGUAUCUAAUUUUAUUAAAUGAUGAGCCUAUGAACCUCUGCUUUCUUGGAUUAAGUGUAAGUCGGAAUUCAUGGAUUCUCUGUUCCCUCAGUCUCAGUUCCUGUGCGUCUCUCUUAGAAUAAAUGUCUUGCUGGGCUGAA